GAUGAACCUGAACGAACGCAUCAUCAGCACGCAACUGUUUGCACAAACGAUCGACGAGACGGCCACUACGACCACCUCGGUAGGGAGUAGCGUUGGUUUGAGCGUUGGAUUUGUACCGUUCGUUGCGGCAGCAGCAACGGCUGGUUUGGCUGGACCGAGCGGGACAACUGUAAUGUUAGCAAACGACGCCGCCACCUCCUGUCCACCUUCGUCUUCCGGUCUCGGGAAACAAAGCGCCGAAACGAUCCACCUAUCAUCACCCCAUCAUCUGCAUCCGCUCCAUUCGGGAGGCAGUGGGAGCAGUAGUAGUGUAGUCACAACGGGGACACUGGUUCAACAGCCGCAACAUUCAACACCACCAUCAACCAGUAGAGCAGCGGGAAAAAGUCGUAGCUUGAGUACGGGUUCGUACAUCACCAAGGACUCUAGCGCACAUUCGAGUGCGGAAAGACUUUCCAAAUCCACCAGCCACACGGAAGUUCACGUCAAUAGUGGGACGGCGGGUGGAGCAUCAACUUCCAAAGACAACGGAAGCUCCAUAAUGCCACAGAACAAAUCGCUCGAGGAGGGUCGAUCGAUGAUACCAUCGGCAAAAAGUUCGCCACCCGUUCGGAAGCCUAUACUACGCAAAUCGAAAAAGAUCGUACGAACUGAUUCGGAGUUCCUGAAGGGUAACAUCUACGAGAAGGAGUCCAGUGUGUCCAGUUCGCAGUACACACCGACGAGAGAACGACGGCGGGAACAGUUUGCCGAUUACCGGAGCAGUAAUCCAUCCUCCGAAACACACAAAUCGACUGACGAAAGCUCAAAGAACAUAUCCACCGAUGAAAUCGACACCGUGUUUUCGGACACGAUGGAUCUGGAGCAGAUGGAACAGGACUAUCGGAUGCAUCUGAAGAACAAUCUGCAGCGAGAGUACAAAAGCGACAGUGACACGUUGGAUGAGGUGGGAAAGAAGCGAACUCCAGAUUAUAACGCGUGGAAGAACCAAAGCUACGAGAACACGUUCGAUGUGUAUGGGAAGGAGAUAAGUGAGCAAACGGCAAACGGUAGAAGCCAUGCAGGGAACGAUCGGGCUGUGGUUGAUGCUUCGCCGAAAGGUGAUGAACAUCCAGAACGUCCCACUACCUCGACGGCAUCGAAACCGGAUCGACCGACCGAUCUUGAGCUCGGUUCCACGUCUGAUGGUGGCGGGAAAUCGUCCGCUUCCUCCACGAACGAUGGUCCUUUUGGUCAUCUGUUUGAGAAAAACUUAGGACGCUUCAAGCGGAUGAACAAACUCCUCAAGUGUAAACGCUUCAGCACGUCGGCACUGUACGAGAAGAAGUCAUCGGCGAGUGGCAGUGCAACUGCAUCGGACGGCAAACCAUCGUUUACUUCUCCAACGAAAAGUAUUCCAAAUGCGGCACGCUCACCAGUUAAAUCAAUCCACUCUCAAUCGAAAGCUUCGAUCAGCUCUUCUAAAUCGUCCCUUUUUGGAAGCAAAAAGACUGGUUCUGGGUUCACUUUCAAAGGCAAACGAUUUCUCUUCACCGGCAAAACUUCACCCAAUAAAUCAAAGUCCAACAACGAGAUCAGCUACUAUCGCACCAAGUCGACCAAAAGCUCUAAGAAAGGUUCAGUGAAGAACAACAGUACGGCGUGCUUAAAUCUCGAAACCACCUGCACAUCUCCACUGUCCGAAGCGUUCUACAACACGACGGGCAGCGUGCGGUUGAGUGCGAUGGAGCUUUACGAGAAGUUUUGCUCCCAGGACUUCAGUGGACUCUACAAACACGAAACGGUGCGUGCAGAUACGGACAGCCACGGGAGCGGGACGGACUCGAGUCACUACGAAUCCCAUCGACAUCUGGGCGCGAUACGGAAGUACCGGCGGCGCAACUUUAAGCUGCUGCGGCAGAAAAGUGAACCCAAGUUUUCCUUCCGAACCGAUACGCUCUAUGAGGAUAGUUAUGAUGGUGUGUGCUAUCAUGACGAGAAAGACGAGGAGGAGGAGUACGGUGCGGAGGACUACAAUCAGUUUCUGUACGAUGAGCAGUACUACGAGGAGGACAUAGAGCACUACAGUAUCGAGAAUAUUUACUACCAGCGGAAUGGAUUGAUAGCGCUACCGGACGGUAGUUACGUGCAGCGAUAUCCUUACCGGAUGGAAGACGAGGAAGGUGAUCAGGACGAGGAGGUCGAGGAAGAGGAAGAAGAAGAAGAUGAAGAUGAAGAUGAAGAUGGAGAUGAAGAGGAACUUGGCGAGGAGGAAGACUAUCAGGGUGAGGAAGAGGAGGAAGAAGAGGAGGAAGAGGUGGACGAGAACGAGUUCGACGAGGAAGAUGAGGACGAGUUGGCGAUGGAAGAGGAGGAAGAAGAACGAAGACGUUUGCAGCGAUUACAGCUACCCCCACCGAUCGAGCUCAUUGGGUCGAUGGAUUCGGACUGCGAUGAGAUCUAUCUGAUGCCACAGAAUGAAUCCGAAAGCAAGAAGCUGAUUAUACAAGACUUUCUGUUUCAUCGCAGCAACGACUUUGAGGCGAACGUCAGCGGGGACGAUUACGAUAUUGCUGAGGUAGACGAGGAAGCGGAAGAGGAAAAAGAGCGAAUGGCGCAGGUGGAAGAAAGUGAGGAGCAGAAAUCGAGACUACCGGAGGAAGAUGAGUACGAGGAGGACGACUUCCGGAUGGAACGAUAUACCGCGACGGAUAAGGAAACGCUUACGAUCUACAAGAUCUGCUCGAAGGAAAGCAUACUGGAGUCGAUGCGGGGUGAAACUCCGGACCGACCGACGGAUAAUCUACCGCACAGUGCCUCGAUGGAGCAGUACUUUCUCAAGUCGGACUGCGUGACAACGCUCGAACGGACCGCGUCGCUGGAUUUGCUAAGCAAUUCGAGCGGAACGCUUAACAAAUCUACCCUGACGGAUUACGCGUUUGAUACGGUGCGUAAUAUGAAUCUGGAUAGCUGCAGUACGUCUCGCCUGAGCCUAUCGCUUAAGAGUGAAAUCUUUGAGGACACCACUAAUGGGGGAGGCUCCGGUGGAGGUCCUUCGAUGGUAACCGAUUCGAUCGCGAUUAAUGCACUGCAGGACACAGCCACAUGCAGUGUAGAAUCGGUGGAAGCAUGUGCCGAAAUUCCUCGUAUUAAAAGUUGGAACAUCGAAGACUUUACCCUCACACCGGAAGAAUCCUUCUCGGAUGAGCAGCUGCCGUUAGAUGGACCGAGCGAUGUGGUCAAAGUUGCCGAACUGCUACAGGAGCGCUGCUCGGACGGUUCCGCCGUACCGGAACCGAUCGAGGUCGACCAUCACAACGGUACGGCCGAGUACACGAUCGUCGAUCUCGACGAAGAGCCGUAUAUGUUGGAUCCAACAAUUUCCCAAUUUACGUCGGAAAUAACCAAAGAGUUCGAUUUGUUGUUUUCCCGCGCAGAGACGGAGUCCUUACAAGCGGCAGCAGCAGUCGUUGUGGAGCAAGUUCCCACCCUACCCGCUCCCCCACCCGAAGAACCAACACAGCUUGGGGAUGUCCUAAAGCUCCUGAGCGAUCUUCCUACGCGCUACUCCAUGCAGAUGCUCGAACACAUCAACCUCGACUCGGACGACAUUUGUAUCCCGGUGCGGGAGGAAGAGAACGGUACAGCUCCACCUCCAACAUCGCAACCCUCAAUCACGUCUGUUCCUGCAGCAGCAGCAUCAGCAUCACCGAACUCUUCCGUCCCCCCGAACCCUCCCCAAUCGCCAGCAAGUGCCAAACCGCAAACACUCGAUCAGCCGAGCGGAAGCGGACGAUCGUCCACGAAGAUAAAGCUACGGUCAACACAUUCGACCGGUACGACAAGAACAGCUGCUACUACACCGACUGCACCAGAUACUAGCACCACCAUCGUCGUUGUGCCACUGGAUCCCGGUCCGAUUGCGAAGAGUAGCGGUGGCAGCAGCAGCAGCGAUCGACUCAAGAAGGCCCGCAGCCAGUCGUUAGGUAACUUACGAAAUAAAACCAAAUGUUUUCCAUUAUAGAAGUUAAGUAACACUGUAACAAUAAUCCUAACACUAUGGGUGCUGCCAGUAGUAGUGUAGUGGCAGCGCAUGCGAGGUUACGCCAAGGUUCACAAUGCACGUACACG